UUCUCCUUAUGAAGGUGGGGAAUGUGUUCACAAAGUUCUCCAACUCAAUAACUCAUUUGACCGUUUCCAGGGACGUUUGAAUCUCGGGCCUUAGGAGCAGAGAUUCAGUACUUAUAGUUGAAACUCAAUUGUAGAGGCUAGAGAGUGUUAUACGAUGAUUGCUUGGCGCCUCUUUUGCAGAGGAGGAGCCACGGGGAAAUGCAACAAUCCGAACAUAUUGAGGUUUGAGUAAGGUUUAACGAACUUCCAAAAAAUGUAGUGAAAUCUUUGAAUGAGGGUGAAUCUUUUUAAUGUCAACCCCCCGUUGCUCAAGCGUUGAAGCUAAAAUUCGAUUGAACACUGGAGAACAAAAUUAGAGCUGUAGGAGAAACCAGGAGACAUCGGCGAUGAUAAAGGGAAAAUUCCACCACGUGACAACCAAGGUAAGAAGGAUCAAAAUUUUCUGCUUUCUUUCGUAACACCUUCUCGGCAGCUUGUAUAUAAGAAGAACAAAAGGGUUGCAUCUAUAGCAAAACAGACUUCUACAUUUGCAUUUCUACACCUCUUUUUCUAAAAUAACUCAAGAUGGUUUCUUCAAACAAAAUCGCUUAUUCCAUCAGUUUGCCCACCAGACCUACUCUGACUCUUACAGUUGAAGAGCAUUUAUGUCAAUUGAGAUCUUCAGGUCUAGCCACCUCGUCCUCCUCCUCAUCCAUCUCCAACAAUUUGAAUAGUCUUAAGAAUUUGUAUGAAUCGGUCGAUGCUUUGCUUCAGUUGCAAUCCACACAGCAAGAAAAAAAAUUAGAUUCCAUCUUAGAUGGAUCUGUCAUGUUGUUGGAUGUUUGCAGCACCACCAGGGAUGUAUUAUCUCAGAUGAGGGAAUGCGUCCAAGAUCUUCAAUCAUCCAUUCGUAGACGAAGGGGUGAAGAUCUGGAUCUUGCAAAAGAACUUGAUGAAUAUAUGACCUCAAGAAAGAAGGUUACAAAGGUGAUCCGUAAGUGUCUUGGAGGUUUGAAAAAGAUGCAAAGCAGAAAUUAUGAUGAUGUAGCUGUUGUCAAUGUGCUGAAAGAAGUUGAAGCAGCUACCCUUGCUGUUUUCCAAUCUCUAUUAGCCUUCUUAUGUGGACCAAAGCAAAGCAAUUGGUCUUUAGUUUCCAGAUUGUUGCCUAGCAAGCGCGUAGCAUACGGGGCUGACCUCAACGAAGUUGAGAAGGUGGAAGUGGCAUUGGAUGCUAAAAAAAUAGUAGAUGCUCAGAAGCCAUUAUUGGAGCUAGAGAUGAGCAUCCAAGAUCUUGAAGAAGGAUUAGAAUCUGUAUUCAGGGCGUUAGUUAAGACCAGAGUUUCACUUCUAAACAUCCUCAACCACUAACUGAUGAUAUCCUCUCGUUUCUCAUAGGCACUAUUCGUUUUUUUUUGA